AUGGAUGCUCCCGUACAGCGGCGCGGCAUCCGAAUCUCCAUUGACCGAUGCACCUUUGGUUGGCAUACCUCGUCUACUCUCCAAACUCGAAGGUCGCAAAAUCCCAAGGGGGGCAAGACGUUGGAUACUUCUAAUAUAGAUAGCAUUCGUAUGGGAACUACAGUGGCCACGAAUGCUUUACUGGAAAGGAAAGGAGGGCGAAUGGCCCUACUAGUGACCAAGGGAUUUAAAGAUUGCCUAGAAAUUGGAAAUCAAUCGCGCCCUAAAAUCUUCGAUCUCGCCAUUCGCAAACCAUAUGUCCUAUACGAAAAAGUUAUCGAGGUGGACGAGCGAUCGCCCCCAGAUGUAGAAAUUCUCCAAACCCUCUACGAUGAGGGAUUCCGAAGCAUUGAUGAUUGCCUCAUGCAUGGAUAUACUUUUCCGGACCAUGAAACACUGAUUGGGAGGCUUGCAAGACAAACCGGCUUCGAUCAUAUUAGCCUUAGCCAUGAACUCUUUCCUGUGAUCAAGUUGGUACCAAGGGCGACUUCAGAUUGUGCUGACGCUUACCUGACACCUGCGAUUCGCAAAUACAUCCCAGGAUUUCAGGCUGGGUUCGAAGGUAGACUUGGCGCGAGCAGCCUCAAAGAGGAACAUGGAUCAAAACGGAUGCGGUGUGAAUUUAUGCAAUUAGAUGGCGAUCUAGUCGAUAUCGACAGCUUUUCUGGGUUGCGCGCGAUUCUGUUAGGGCUAGCUGGUGGAGUUGUUGGUUAUGGUCUUCCGUCGUAUGUUCCACUGACAGACAUACCCGUUAUUGGUUUUGGUAUGGGGGUUACCAGCACUGAUGUUAGCCGGUACGGUUCUGUUAUGAACAUGUUUUUCAAACUACAACAGAUGGCGUCACGAUACAAAACCCGUAGCUCGAUAUUAAUACUGUGGCUGCUGGUGGAGGCUCACGCCUGUUUUACCGAAAUGCCAAGGGCCAUGAUACUUCGAAACAUAGAUUGGCAACUUUUGGUGGCGCAUGAGGUGGCAAUGGCAGAGAACCUUGGAAUUAAGCAGAUUUCUGUCCAUCGCUAUUCCUCAGUUCUACCCGCGUAUUGGAUGGCCCUUGAGGACGUAGUGGACGAGAGUCAGGUUCCAGAAUCCAAGAUAUGGUUUAAAAAUGGAGGUAUCCUAACAAACCUGAAACCAAAAAUGGUUACCUUGAAAGAAGCAGCUCGAGGAAGGUUGCACGACCAGGGAUUUAAUGACGAGUCUAUUGUGUUUGAGGAAUAUCUCAACAUGAGAUAUCGAGGAACCAAGUUUUCGCUGAUGAUAGUUAAUCCCAAAUCACAGAUAACAGCCGAGCUGCCUGAAAAUGGCGGCAAUUGGGGCUUUGGGAAAGCUCUCGUCCGGCAACACGAACAGGAAUUUUGA